ACAAUUUAUGAGCUGGAUGAUCACACACCACCGGAUUACUCGCUAACAUGCCAAACAUCUGAAUGUGAAUCCGCGGGAAAGGCACUGAAAGCCAAUCUCAAGAAAUCGGUGGACCCGUGCCAUGACUUCUAUGCGUUCGCGUGCGGGGGUUGGGAGGCGUCCCAUAAACUACCCGAUGAUAAAGACUGCGGUCGACANGUGACCUAUGCCUCCGAUCUCUAUAAGGAGUGUAUUGAUGAAGAAACACGUAAUGCCCGGGGAGUGACUCCUAUUAUAGAAGCACUAAAAUCAGUGGGCGGGUGGCCUAUAUUGGGACAGUCGGGUGGCUAUAAUGAGACCAAAUUUGAUUGGAAGGACGCGUUUGUGAAGCAAUUCGUCAAAUAUGGCGUUUCAUCCAUAUAUUCAUUGUCAGUAUUCCCGGACUCUAACGAUACUCUUGUCAAUAGAUUAUACUUUGACAGUGACCAAUUUGUCCUCAAUUAUUCGGCAAUUCCACAGCCUAAUGAUAAUAAGCAAUAUGAAAAUCCCGAUUCGAAAGCUUAUAAGGAGUUUAUACUACAAACGGCACUACUAUUAGGUGCUACAAAUAAUAGCCAAACUCGCAAGGAUGUGGACAACAUAUUUUUAUACGAAGAAGAACUAGCAUUGAAUGCUGAUAUUAAAGAUGCCUUUCCAAGUUCUCAUUACAAUAGGAUGUCAUUUGUUAAUCUCAACCUAUUAUCUAAAAAUCGUCGAACCAACCAAUUUGUCGAUUGGCUGAACAUAACAAACACUAUAUUACAGGAAUUGAAUGAAACAAUUCGUAUGAAAAGCGAUGAUCUGGUUAUAGUGAGGGAUACUUUUUAUUAUCAGUUCCUGCCAAAAAGUUUGAAAGUUAAAGGAAUCAACUAUCAUAUGAAACCCCGAGUGAUAGCUAACUAUAUGGGCUGGAAUUUUGUCCGCAAAUUGGGCUCAUAUACUGAUAAACAGUUCAGAGAUAUUGAACUUAAAUUCAACCAACACUUUAAUAAACAGGAAACGGGUGUCGAUUUGCGGGGGACAUGUAUGGACAGCAUAUCAUCACAAUUACCAUAUGCUGUGAGCCGUCUAUAUGUCGAUAAACACUUCACACAAAAUGAUAAACAAGAGCCACCCUAUUAUGACAGUAGGGUUGAAGCUUAUCUUAACUACGGGGCCAUUGGAUCGCUUGUCGGACAUGAUUUAACACUCGGUCGAUACGCUUACGAGUUGGCCAGGGAUGAGAUACAGCAUAGUAUGCGAAACGAGACGACAGUCCGUGUGAACCGUUUGCGAGAGAAUAUUGCGGACAACGGAGGCCUCAGAGAGUCGUUCCGCGCGUUUCAGACGUACGUCAAGACAUACGGAGAACCACUACGACUGCCAUAUGUCUCGCAAUACACACCACAACAGAUGUAU